GCGAAAGAUCAUUCGUUUGUAGAAGUUUCUUUACGUUAGAUAUUAUCCUCUAUCCAGAAGCGACUUCACUGAUAUAUUUAGUAUCUAUUGGGACUUUGAAGACGUUGGACGCUUUUCACCAUUUUUCCUCCACGCGCGACCGAUCAAUUGAGGCUCUGUGAUCUUUUUCGCCGAGUGUGAUUUAACAAUAUACGUGGCGAAUUAUGACUUUUCUCAGCGGUGAAUAGUGAAAAAGAUAAUUUUUGAGCGCAAAUAAUCAGACAAUUUAGGCACUUUUGGGGUGCAUUUUUGAUUCUCGUGAUCGCAUCGCGUUUUUUCAUUGGAAAUCCAUAUACAUUUUCACGAUGGGAAGCAUUCGACGGGCUGGCGUGAUCGAGGGAUUGAUGGUGUUGAGCAUCCUGCUCUCGGUGGCCGUUCUCAGUGCUCCUGUGACGCCGGAAUUCGAGUCGGGCACCAUCCUGGACCUCAACAAUCCCGAUCCCAACAUCCUCCGCCAGUACAACAUCAAUAUCACGACGAUUCGCAACCGCCAGGCCGCCCUGAAGAAUCGCAAUACCUUCAUGACGCCUCCGUCGAGCAUCAGGAACAAUGAGUCCUUCCUGCACAGCAGUCCCAGCUCCACGACCAUCAAUCAGCGAAGAAUUUUUGAGGAGAAAGCCUUGGAAAGCAUCCGAGAAACUAUAUUCAGGAACAUUUUGCGGAAUGACACGAGACCUGGCGGAAACGAGCCAAUUUCCCAUGAUGUUGCGGCCUAUUCACUUUGCCAGGCGCCACGCAAUACUAAUGAGACGUUCUGGAAUGAAGGAAAUUCCUACAAUUUAUACUUCGAACCGCCACAAAUGUCGGCCAACAUGAAUUUGAGUGCAGCCACUCUUAGACUGUACAAAAUUGAGACGCCGGUGUCGGAGAGGAGGAACCAGACGAGACAGGCAAACGACUGCGGCCACGUGGACGAGCUACUCCGAAUCACCGUGUCGGCCUACGUGAAGAAGCAUCGUAAAGCCGAACGCAAGAAGCGCAUCUACAGCAGCACAAUGGUGGACAAGUCCUUCGUCGGCUGGGUGGAGCUUGACGUGAGACAAGCGGUGAAGCUGUGGGAGAAGCCCAACAAGAAUUUAGGUCUGGCCAUCGACGUGCACGAUCAAGACGAAAACUCCCUGAGAGCAUCACAAUUCUUCUUCCAGCACAGCUGUGAGGCAUCAGCCCCGUACCCCUGGACCUUUCUUCGUAAAAGUGCCUGGCCUUAUUCUUCAAUGGAAAAGGUGCCUCGCCACCCCAGAAUAGACUUCAAGUUCUGCUCCAAGCCGCUAUCCGAAAGCUCAGAAUUCCCGCCCUGGUCUCAUCACCACUCCAGAUCGUCCUCUUCGGAUUCAUCCCCGCAGGACGCGUUGGAGGAGGAUGACAAUGGGUGCAUUCACCGCAAGAAGCGACGCCACAUACACCAUAACCACUCCAGAACUCACGCUUAAACUGCACACUUUCCCCGGCCGAAAGGGUUAACGCGGAACACGGAAAUUCCACGAGACGCCCUGUAGAGGCGAAAAAUCAGUCACAAGUGUGUGCAACGCUUUUUCUUCAUCUGACCGCGCUAUUUCUUCGCUCUUUCGCGAUCAUAUUCUACAAUGUCGCCACUGUAUUUUCCUUGAAAGGGAAUGCAAUGAGACGUACGGAAUUAAACAAAUACAACGAAUACAACACAAUACUUAAAGGUUAGCAUUUUACAGCGCGAUGCUUUUCCGUAAUUGCGCGCGCUGUGUAAUAAUGGUUAAGUAUAGAAUUAGUUUUUUUUUACUGCAAUUAUAAUUUUAAAUUAUUAUAUUAAUAAUUUCUGUUGAAAAAUCCUCACUGCUUGAGGCAAAAAUACUUCAUAACGCUCAUUUGCAAUGAAAUUUGUACAGGUGCGAAGUAUAUUUCGGGAAAAAAAUCAUUGAUUAGUUUCACGUUUGACGACUUCUGUGGUGAAAACAACACCCUAAAGAAUUUGGGCGGCUAUACUGAAAACUACUCUUUGUAUAUAAUAAAAAUACUCUAUUUGAUAAAGUUGAGCUUCUUAGUAUGUAGAAUUUAGAUGUAAGUUAAAACAUGAAUGGGAGGAAUAGGAUUGAAAAUUUGGUAUGAUCUUUUUCGGAGGGAUAGGAGAAAAAUUGUAAAUAUACUAUUUAAAUUUCACAACUUUAAGAAAUGUGCCUUAGAUAAGAUCGCAGCACCGUAUCCUCUCUAUCUAUUAGUCUGUAGGACAUGGAAGAUCAUUCUUUGAGAAUUAGAGCAAUUUCAGGACAUCUUCCGCAUGACAAAUUAAUUUUAAUUUUAUACAAACAUUUUUUGUAUGUUUUUAACAAGAAUAAACAUAUUUUGGUAACGA